CUCAUCUACAUAUUACUUCCUCCCAGCUUCCGUAACCUUAUCAGGACUAUCAGUCAGUAUUCGGCUUUGCAAGCAAUCGCGAGGCCGGAUAACAGCUCACGGUCGAAGAUUAAGAGAAAGACAACCGCAAGACCUCAAAAUUCCAGGAUUCUAGCCUUCUGAUUUCGGCGCUUAAUAAAAGUGGAUUCAGCACUUACUAUCAUAGCGAUGUCGCCAGCACAUUCGGAAUUCAUGCCUUCUUCUACAGCAUAUCCUACCAAUGAUCACAUUAUUAGGCACACUCAUCCCAGUCUAAACAGCAUCUGGACCAUCAUCGCCCUCACUUUCGUCGUCGUCGUCGUGAGCUGCGUGGUUUGUUAUUCGAUCUACAGCUGCUAUCAUUCUGCAGUAUACCAACAACAACUAGAAAUUGCUGAAUCCAUACGCCAGCGUGCAAGAGCUGAAAGUCGCUCUAGGAAAGGCCUGUCUGCAAACGGCCAACUGAAUGAUAUGCACCUGAAGAAACACGUUUGUCUUGAAGAAACUGCCAAGCUCUCGGCUCUCCAUACUGACUACAACGAUUCUGUUACAAGCUUCCAGUCUUCAACAAUGCCAGAUAUCACCUCGCCUGCUCUCGCUGUGACAUACUCUACGCAAACACCUUUUAUGCACCACGCCUCGCCGAUUUUUCCUCUACCCGGUACCGACUAUGAAUCCGUAAAGUUAUCUCCAGGUUCUUCAACGCCCAUACUCUUCGAUUCCAACAAUAUUCCAUUCUACAUGCCUGGAUCACCUUUGAUGAAUCCCAAGUUAGCUCCCGCAGGCGGCGCCUUCGAUCAUCAUCCAUCUAUGCCCCCACCUACCGAAGAAGUCCUGACUUCCGGUCACGAAGCCUGCAUCAACGUCACUGCGGUCUCUUCUCGUCCACGAUCGGCGUCAGGCCAUUUUUCCCGCUUGUGCACUCCUGUUUCUCCUACUGCCGUCGCUUGCGGGAAUACGGAUCUUUCCAGAGCCUGUUGACCUCUUCCUACGCUUUUAGUACCGGGACUAGACCAUCAAGAGACAGACAAAGCAAGACAUCUGAAAGCACACCUAGCAGGAGUAUCGGCCCCUAGCACUAAACGAGUUCCCGAGAUAUGUAUUGUUCCCCGUUUCAUCUUUUUCGCCGCAUCAAGAUCUAAAGCCAAAGCUCGGGCACAUAUCCCAUCAAAACCUUCACUUCAGGACGUUCGUAAUCCAAGCACAGAGACGGUGAAGAAAAUGACUUGCCCUUUGCGGGGGCAUUCUCUUUUCGGGUAGAUUUUUCAUGUACGAACGCGAACCGCUGCUUUACAACAUUCAUGUACCAAUCCCAAUAUCACAGUAUUCGAGCUGGGUAGCAGCUUAUUACUAUAGUCAGU